GACCUCAUAAAAGGCCCAUGAUCUCCAACUCAAACGGUUAGUUCCGUAUUAGCGUCUCUUGGUGUCACUUACGGGAUAUCUUCACUGUCAACAGUCUUCGAAAACCGACGAUUGUAGCCAACGGAACGAACCGGACAAAAGCCCACCUCAAUCCUUCCCACCAAAGCAUGCCACACCUUCUUCCCCGCUCCUUCCACUCCGGCCCCUUACUUUUGACAGUAGCCUUCGUCUGUAUUUUUGCAACCACCACCUGUGCGGCCUUGAAUGACGUCGAAAAUGCAGAUUCAGAGGCUGUGGCAACGGAAGCUGCCGAGGCGGCCCAAACUCGCUUCGCUCGAGCCAGCCCACUCCGAUGGGGCAAACGGGGUUCCGAGGUCUUGCGAUGGGGCAAAAGAGAGCCCUUGAGAUGGGGCAAGAGGUCAACGGAUGGCCUUGUCGGUCCACGAACCGUCAGGGAUGCACCUUUAAGGUGGGGCAAACGAUCAACAGGGUUGGACAUGUUGAUGGUGGACGAGAACGAACCUCAUUACGUACGAUUUCAACGUGAGGCCUCUCCACUUCGAUGGGGAAAGCGAUUCUACGACGAGGACAAACGAGCUCCUCUAAGAUGGGGAAAACGAGCUCCUUCAAGAUUUGGAAAGCGAAAACCCUCGCGCUUCGGUCGGAAACGAGGUCCAAUGAGAUUCGGAAAACGGGCACCUACUCGAUUUGGCAAACGAGACAGCCUUGAUGAUUAUUUGGAGGCAAUCGAGAGCGAUUAUGAGUAAAGCAACGAAUUUUUUGGAUCCACCGAGAAUUAUGGGAACAACUCAUUGGAAUCAUGAUCAAUCACAUCGACACACUAAUCAAUCUUCUACCUAGCCUAUUCGUUUUGGACCCUUAUUUCUGUGAUUUGAUUCGUUUCACAUUAUGACCAUGUUCAAACUGGAGGAGCUUUUCACAAUAUCAUCGUUACAAGUUUACUAUGCAGUGUUAUAAAGUCCCUCUUGACCACUUUCUUGAGGGGGGAAUUCUUUUUCACCAAUCGGAGGCUGACAACUCAUUUGCAACCAAUACCAACACUACAUGAAUGCUAUUUUGAACGUAAGUUUACUUUGCUUGGCAAAAAACACUGGAUCUACAGAGAAUAAUAUCGUUCUACACUGAUAGUUGUUGGUGCCAUUCUUGAAUGAACAUUUUUGUGCCCAUUGCAACAGAAAUAUAUCAAAUCAAUUCGCAAA